AUGACUAGUAAUGUGGAAGAGCUGACACCAGCAUUGGAUUUACUUUGCUCAGCAAUUAGAGAAAGUAAUUCUGAAACCCAAAGCAAAAACUUUUCAGAACAAUUACUUAAUCUUACACUGUCCUUCCUUAACAAGCAAAUAAAGGAGCUUUUUAUUCACAGUGAAGGGUUAGAUGAACAUCUACAGAAAGGAGUGAACAUUUUGACCAGCUACAUUAAUGAACUUAGAACCUUCAUGAUAAAGUUUCCUUGGAAGCUAACAGAUGCUUUAGAUGAAUAUGAUGUAAAUGAAAAUGUCCCCAAAGUAAAGGAGAGCACUAUAUGGGAGAAACUCAGCAUUGAGGUAAAUAUGAGUAAUUAUCACUUCUUUUAUUUGCCAGAUUCGUAGGAUCUUAGAAAACAA